AAUUUAUUUAAUAACCUGGUUUUAUUUUGAUGGUCUGUACCUCCUUCCAGGAUCCAGAUUCGGGAUCCAGGUCAGACUGUCUCGCCGUACAAAUCGGAUCACGUGGUAGAAACCGAGAAACAACGGGUUCACUUGUCAAACAUUGGCGUUGAAUGUGCGACUUUGUCCUCAGGUGGUUUUCCCUCCUCCUCCCCCUCCUUCCUUACCUGUCCGGUGAGUCAACACCUUCCUCACUCGGAGGGACGAUGUCCAACAACCUGUCGGACAUUCCUGUUCUACAUAAACUCCAGUGGAAACAAGAAGGAAGAAACGAGGAGGAGAAAAAAAUGAAUCAUAUUACCGGAAUGUAGAGCACAGCUCCGCCGCUUGUUUUCGUCUGAUGAGGAGAAGUUUGAACAGUUUGUGAGGAGACGAUUCCCGUCGUUCAUUAUGAAGUUAUUCUCAUCUCUGCGCUCAGGCAGAGACCCCCCUACGGAGGACAUCCACAUCUCCUCUCUGCCUCCCAGUAUUCCCACAGAUCAUGAGGCAGAACAAACUGAAGAACAAGUGGAUAAUGUGGUGGAGGAGAAAGCCGUGAUCCAGACCACACACACACACAGAGUCUCUGCUCCUUCGGUUUUCCUCCAGAAACAGGAAAAUGAACCUGUUUCAGCCACUUACUUUGAGCAGAGGGUCCCUGUUCCCGAGGACAACACUGAGAGUUGUAUCAGUCUUCGUAAACUGUGGGCCUUCACUGGGCCGGGGUUUCUGAUGAGCAUUGCGUACCUGGACCCAGGUAACAUCGAGUCUGACCUGCAGUCUGGUGCUAAAGCUGGCUUCAAGCUCCUCUGGGUGCUGCUGGGAGCCACCAUCAUCGGCCUGCUGCUGCAGAGGCUGGCGGCCCGGCUCGGCGUGGUCACCGGAAUGCACCUGGCUGAAGUCUGCCACCGCCAGUACCACACCGUGCCUCGUAUCAUCCUGUGGUUGAUGGUGGAGCUGGCGAUCAUCGGCUCAGACAUGCAGGAGGUCAUCGGCUGCGCCAUCGCCUUCAACCUGCUCUCCUCCGGCAGGAUCCCGCUGUGGGGCGGAGUCCUCAUCACCAUCAGCGACACCUUUGUCUUCCUCUUCUUGGACAAGUACGGUCUCAGGAGGCUGGAGGCGUUUUUUGGGCUGCUCAUCACCAUCAUGGCCAUCACAUUUGGAUAUGAGUACGUGACAGUGGGUCCAGACCAAGGCCAGCUGCUGAUGGGGAUGUUCGUGCCGUACUGUAAAGACUGCGGGCCCGUACAGGUGGGGCAGGCCGUCGGCAUCGUGGGAGCCGUCAUCAUGCCUCACAACAUUUACCUGCACUCCGCACUCGUCAAGUCUCGAGAAGUGAAUCGGUCGAACAAGAAGGAAGUAAAAGAGGCCAACAAAUACUUUUUCAUCGAGUCGACCAUCGCGCUGUUCGUCUCCUUCCUCAUUAAUGUCUUCGUUGUGGCUGUUUUUGCCGAGGCUUUCUACAAACGCACAAACAUCGAGGUGUACAAUGUCUGCAAUCAGUCAGGAAGUCCUCAUUCACACCUGUUCCCUCUGAACAAUGAAACUCUAGAGGUGGACAUCUAUAAAGGGGGAGUGGUGCUGGGCUGUUUCUUUGGCCCGGCAGCGCUCUACAUCUGGGCCGUGGGGAUCCUUGCAGCUGGUCAGAGCUCCACCAUGACUGGAACGUACUCUGGCCAGUUUGUCAUGGAGGGUUUCUUGAACCUGCGCUGGUCACGUUUUGCUCGGGUGUUGUUGACCCGCUCCCUCGCCAUCACCCCCACCCUGCUGGUGGCCAUCUUCCAGGACGUGCAGCAUCUCACGGGCAUGAACGACUUCCUGAAUGUGCUGCAGAGCAUGCAGUUGCCAUUCGCCCUCAUUCCCAUCCUCACUUUCACCAGUUUGCCUUCUCUCAUGAACGAGUUUGCCAAUGGAUUGGUGUUUAAGAUCGGAGGAGGACUGGUGAUCUUGACCGUGUGCAGCAUCAACAUGUACUUCGUCGUGAUUUAUGUGACUGCGCUCGGCACCGUGUGGCUCUACGUGCUGGCGGCGUUCCUCUCCGUAGCAUACCUGACAUUUGUGGGAUAUUUGGCGUGGUUGUGUCUCAUAGCUCUGGGAGUUUCCUGGUUGGAUCCGAACACUGGGAGAAGGAACGACACGACCAUCCUGAUCGAGCAGGAGCCAGAGUUUGACUCCUGAAUGAAAUGUGUGUUCGAACGGACAUUUUAAGGACCGAGGUGCAACAGAUGGAGUGAUCUUUGGUGCUGAUUUAUUUAUCCAAGAUGGAUGAAACUUUGUAGGAACAGUGCAGUUAUAUAAUAUGUACAGGGCUGUGCAAAGAUGGCUUUAAAAAUAAUGGAUAAAUAGUUUUUAUUUAUCAUCUAAAGUGCUGUAAACAGAAAAAAACUAAGUGAAAAUAAUAUUUAGUGUGAUCACACUGUGUUUUAAAAAUAUUUAAGUGAAAUUUAAUACCUUUUUAAUACUUUCUUAGCUUUUUUUUUUUUUUAAAGAAACAAAAUUUAGUGUUUUUAAAGUCUGCAGAUUCCCUGCAGUUCCCCCUCUGGCCACAGGGAGGCAGUACAGGCUGCAGGAGAGACGCCUCAGCCCCAGUAAACGUCUCACCGCCCGAGCUGUAAAACAUAACACAACACAUUAAAUGACACUGUGCCUUACAUCAUGUGUUAUGUGCUGUUACAGGCUGCACAGACGCAGCUUUACACUACAGCAAACUGAACAGACACAGCUCCAGCGAUAAGACUGGACUGUAUGAUUCCUACUGUACAUUCAGAUGUGGCUGGUGUUUGACAUGCCUGUGGUGGUGGUAUGUCUGAAGAGUUGCAACUAUUGUGCAACUGCAAGCAAGCACUGCCGGUUUAAGUGCUGCUCGAAUUCCAGUCCUGAAGUGCUUCAGCCUUUUGCAAGUCGAGGAAACGUGGAUGGACAGGUUUUUCUUUGCAUUGUGGCGGGGACGUUUUUUUAUUUUCUUCCUCUCCCUCCCUCCCUCUCUCUUUUAUCCUCUCUCUCUCUCCCUGUCAUGGAGGCAGAGUUAUGUAAGAGGGGAGAGUCUUCCCACCGCCCCUCUCUGUUUUUGUUUUUCUCAAUGAGCCAAUGUCUCCCUGCCUAGGCCUCACAGCCUGUCCAGUAGGCCCCUUUCCUGGAAACAUAGCCUAGCAGAGGCCACUCAGGGGCAGGCCUGCGAGGUGGGAGGAAGAGGGGAGGGGAGGGAGGAGUGUUGGAGGGGGGGGCUCUUCCAGCAAAUCACAUGAUUGUAGACCCUACAGUCCCAGCCCUACAUGAGGCUCAGAUGCUGCAAACACAUUUCAACAGCUAGUUUGUCAUCAGCAUGAUUGGAUGUAGCUAAUGCAUGGCAGGCUGUGAGUAGACGCUGUAGGAUUUCCCAGGUGUGAUCUGUAGAAAUAGAACCACAACGCCUUAUGGAUGGACUGUAUGUGUGUGUGUUUGUGCACGUGUGCAAGAGGUUGAUAUGAUUUGCAGUUAAUGUCAAUGUCACCACUGAUUUUUGUUGAAUUUUGUCACUUAUUUGAUUGUUAAUUAAGUCGGGAAUGAACUCUCUGAAUGGCCUGAGUUAUUUACAACUGAUUAAUGAUGCUGUUGUAACAGUAACAGUCACGUAUUUGUGUUGUGUAUUUGCUGCCAUGCUACAGCUGGUGACAUGUGACAGACUUGAGUUGUUGCAGAAAGAGAGAUACUCAAACCACCAUGCUGUUUUAUUACUGUGGCUCACACCAGAAGAGGCUGAUUUAAUGAGAGGCAAUUAUAUAUUAUAUCAAGGAAAAAAAUCAUUAAAUGUGUUAUUGUGUUGUAAACAAACAGUUCCCGCUGAACAUACACAAUAAACCACAACACAGAAUGACAA